UCUAUGAUGUCUGGAUUGAGCAGAACGAGCCUCAUAGCAGGAAGAAUUGAGACAGCUGAAGUUUCUCCUUUAAUAGCAUCACCAUCUCGCAAACGUCGUUCAAUAGCAACUCAAAAAGUUGUUGGAACAAAUAUUGAAGAAAAUGAUGAUGAAGCUGAAAGGUUAGCUAGACGAGAAAAAAAUGAUAAUGGAAGUCCUGCAUCAUCAUCGUUAUCUGCAGCUGAUAGACGUCAGUCAGCAUUUGGCUUGUCAGCCAUAUCAAAUUUGUCUGCAGCUGAAAUGAGUAAUCAGAUUGCGCAGUGUAUAAAACUCAAUGCUGAAAAUAAGAUUAAUGAUAAAAAUGCAUUUCAAUUAAAAAUGAUCGAUUUUCUUGUAUAUGCACUCAAAAAGCAAGAUCCAAAUAUGACCAAUUUACAAAUGGCUAGCGCAUCUUUAGAUGCUAGUGCCAAAAUAUAUGGUUUUAGAGUUGAUAAAGUACAUUCUGAUCUUUUAAAAAUAAUUGGUAUGGCUAAACAAGAUAAAAGAGAUCAACAAGAAGAAAAUGUUUGUCAUGAUAUUGGUCAAAUCCAAAAUAAAAAUGAAAAAAAGAAAAAGAAAAAAAGGAGCCGUCAACAUAUUAUAUCAACUGCAGAUACUUUAAAAGGAAACGUUGAAAUUUAUGAUCCACUGUCCUUGAUAAGAUGUCAAAGAGAUACACAAACAUCAGACAUGCUUUUUCAAGCUGGUCUCCCUCAGCAUGCAAAUCAAGGAGUCGCUUUAAAUCUCCAUAAUGAUGUUGUACUUGACAAGAUACCAUUGGUUAACAACUCGAAUAAUUUUUUUCCGUCUUUCAUCAACAACUUUGCUAGUAGAAAAAGUAAAAUUUGCCCGUCAUAUACAGCUUUUAAGUUUCUACAUUGGUCGCCAAAUGAUGAACGAGACGAAAUAAAAAGUCCAGAUGAUCUAAAUGGUGAAUAUCACUUUGACUUGGAUGCUGCUGUUAAUGAUGCUAAUGAAAAUGAUCAUGUUCUGAUGGAUUGUGGAGAUGCUUAUGAAGAAUGCUGUGAUAGGUUAGCCAAAACUUAUCAACCUUACGAGAACAUAGUAGACUUUCAAGAUAUCAUAGUUAAUAAUCCUAAUCCUGAUGCAACAUAUGAAUAUUCAUACAUACAAAAAAAUUACCGAAUUCAAUGGGCUGGGCCUUCACAUUGGAAAAUUACAUUAAAUAAGAAUUUAUUAGGCAGUAGAGUUGUGGAAACGUGCAAACAAAACGCUGCAAAAAAGAAAAAAGAUAUUGAACUAGUAUUUACACCUGAUUCAAAAGAUGAGGGUAAAGUAAAAUUUGGACAUAUCAAUCGGCAGACAAGGUUAUCAGCAAAAACUACCAAACUAGUCUGGUCAGAAGAUAAAGUUACUUUUCCUCAAGAUGUACACUAUGAUUUAAAACGUUAUUAUAUUUUUUUUAAGAAGCCAACUGAGCGCUUGAAACUUUCUGAUGCUAACAGAGAUGAGCUUGAUGACAAUGAAGAAUUUUCUAAUGAUUGCGAUGUUGCUAAUGGUACUAGCGAGAUCAACCAUGUUACAGAUGGUAAUGAAGAAGACAGAAUUGCACAUCAUCAAAUUCGUGGUUUUACUCAGGAAAGCAUAUUAUCCCAAGGUUAUGGAGGGUUUGUUGGUGAAAAUUUAGUUUCUAUUCCUAAAUUAACUGAUAAGAUAUUUAUACCAUACUCUCAAAGAGCUAAGAAAAUAGAUAUGAGACAGCUAAAAAAAGCAAUGUGGAGAAAUUUAAGAAAAAUGUCUAAAGAAACAGAAAAAGAAAACUACAAUAUCACCCAAACAGAAUCUGAGAGCAAUAAAGAUUUUGAAUCUCAGCCAUUUAGUGACACAUACAUGAAACUGCCUAGGAUGCUGUCAAAACAGAACACUGAGUCAUUAAGCCCUUCCAUUGCAUUUGUAACUCUUCUACAUUUAGCUAAUGAAAAAAAUUUUUUCAUUGAGAGAAAUCUUGAAUUAUCAGAUUUAAUAAUCAAAAGUGAAGUUAAUAAUUUGUAAUUACCCUUUAAUAUUACUGUUUUCUGAGACAUUCAUAUUUGUGUUUAUAUGGGUUAAAAUUACAAACAAAAUUUACGAAAACUGCUUAUUUCAAAAUAUGUCGACUGAAAACGAAUGUCACGAGAAAU